AUGCCAACAAAAAUUCCUCAAGAAGAAGAACAACGACGAUUAAAACAACUUGAACUUGAAAUUCAAUAUCAUGAACAUACUGAAGUUAUUAAAGAAAAUACAUAUCAUCAAUGUCCAACAAUAAAAAAAACAUCGACUGAACCAAAAAUUCCUAAAAAACGUGGUCCAAAAAGAAAACAAAUGACACCAUCACGUGUUGCACGUUUCAAAGUUCGACGUAUUAAAGCUAAUGGUCGUGAACGUGAACGUAUGAAAGGUCUUAAUGAACAAUUAGAAGUCUUACGUGAAACAAUUCCAUGUUUUUCUUUGGCACAAAAAUUAUCAAAAAUUGAAACAUUACGUUUAGCAAAAAAUUAUAUUGAAGCAUUAUCACAAAUGAUAUCUAGUAAUCAAAUACCAGAUAAUGAACAAUUUGCUCAAUUACUUUGUCAAGGUUUAUCACCUAAUACAAUGAAUCUUGUUGCUGCAACACUUUCAUUAAAUCCAAGAAUUAUACAACAAAAUGAUUCAACGUCAUCAUCAAAUAUAAUACCAUUAGAUCAAACUUAUAUGUUAUCAUCAAUACAUCCAAGAGUUCAAAAUCCAUUAGAAUUUAUAAAUUUAAAAAAAAUGAAUUCAACAAGUGAAAGUGAAGAUGAUGUAGGCAUUUAUAGUUUUGAUCAUGGUUCAUCUUAUUCUGGUGAUAAUAGUAGUAUUGAUGAUAUUAAUCCAAUGAUUGUACCUGAACAUACUCAAUCUCAAUCAAGAAAUGUUUAUUCGAAUGAACAACAAUAUAUUUAUCCUGAUCAUUCAUUAUAUUACUAUCCAAGAUAUUACUGA